AUGGGUUCCCAGUCCUCCAAACUCUUGUCAUGUUGUUGGGUUUCACGACAUAGCGCAUCUAUUGUUGAGGCACCUAAUGUUGAGAAUGAAAAGGAGGAGGUCAGCGACUUGCCUACAUACCGUGAAUUCACACUAGAGCAGCUAAAGAAUGCCACUUUUGGUUUUGCGGUAGAGGAUAUUGUGUCGGAGAAUGGUGAGAAGGCUCCAAAUGUUGUUUAUAAAGGGAAGCUAGAGAAUCAGCAGAGGAUCGCUGUCAAGCACUUUAAAAAAACAGCUUGUCCAAAUGUGAAGCAAUUCUUGGUAAAGUCAUUCUGA